AUGCCAAUAUUAGAUCACCCCGUAUUCGCCGUUAAAAAUAGCGUACAAAAUAAUAGCUGCGUUACACUGCAGUUGGGAUUUUGGCGGGUUGUUCAUCAGUCAGAGUGUUCAUUGCCUUGUUCAGAUUAUUUGAUAGGUUUUGGGAUAUUCAUUCAAUGGUCUAAUCGUAAAUUGGAAAUGGAUUCGCACGAACAAAACCCAGAAGUCAGUUUGUCCUGGGAAAUCCUUGAGAGUUUGAUGUCACGACAACAUGCUCAAGUAAAUUACCUGUUUAUGGAUGAUCCUGAACCGGUAAAAGGGAACAAUGACAACAAAAAUGUAGCAACAGUCCCUAUUAGUCUCAAAAGAAUGAAUGAGAAAUUUUUAAAUGGUACUUAUCGUGGUAUACGCGAAUUUGUUUGUGAUUUCCGUUUGAUGUUAUUAAAUUGUUAUCGUCACAAUGGAAUCUCUUCACGUAUUGGACGUUGUGCUGAGAAAUUAGAAUUGUUGCUGGAGCAAAAACUCCAACUUUUAUCUCCUGAAAUUAGAACUAAAGCAUCGAUACAGUCGACGCUUGGCUUUGGUACAGCUGAAGAUGAGUUACUGGAUUGUGGUGUAACUCGCCGUCGAAGUUCUGGACGUUUAUUCCUUUCUGGUGAUACACGUCAAUUAACACCGAUGCGUGCUAUCAUUGAAGAGUUAGAACAUGUUACACAUCCUGGUUCUGGUGGGGGUAUCGCAGCAUCAUUAAUUUCAAGUAGUAUAGAUUCAAAUAAUUCUAUGCCAUCUAACCAACAACAGUCAGCUACUACUAAUAAUAUUACUAAUAAUUUAAGUAUAGAUGAAAAUGUCGGUUUAAUUAUAUCUAGAUUAAGUUUAUGGGAGCGUAGACGACAUGAAGAAGAAUUGUUAGAUUCAUGGAAUGAAUGGUGGAUUGAGAAAAAUGGACCUAAAUUGCAAGAAAUUAUAUACAAUAUACCAGAAUUAUUAGAAGUCUAUCAAUUCUUAUGGCUAGCUGAUCCUUUUUUGGGUAUUAGUGAUUGUUUAACAAUUUAUAGUAAUAACAAUAAUAAUAACAACAACAACAAUAAUCAUAAUCUCAUUGUCAAUUCAUUGAACAAUACAAAUCAUUCACGUAAUUUAUCGUUAUUCGACUUAGAAAUUGGAUUAUGCUCAGCUCCACAAGCUAGUCUAGUAUUAAAUGUUUGUAUGUCUAAUCUAUUAGCUACACCAAAAGAAAGAAAUCAAAUUGUUGCUGUAUUAAACAAUAAUAAUAGUAAUAAUAAUGGUAACAAUGUUACCUGUAAUCUUAAUAUUGGAGCAGAUUCUGGUACAGAUUGUAUUUCUUCAACAAGACGAUCUCGUAAUCUAUCAAAUACAUCUACAUUACCUGUCAUUGAUUAUAAUGUAUGGGAACGUCGAUUAUCUAGUCGUAUUGAUUCAUGGUAUCGUUUAUUUUGGGAAAAAGGCAAAGGUGUUGUUGAAUGGGCUACACGUCGUUUAGGUUUAUCAAAAGGAUUUUUCGAUGUAUGUGGUUAUAAGUUGAAUCCGUUAACCAAUAAACGUUUCCAUGAAUUAUCAAUAUAUCAGCAAGUUGUAAUAAUCUAUGCUCUUUGUGAAUCGACAAUGCGAACAUUUGAAAAUCUUCGUUUAUCUUUAGACAAAUCAGCUGAUUGGGAAGCAUCGAAUCCAGUUUAUUUAGGCACAGAUUUCUUUUCAAAAUAUACCUAUAUUCAUUUGCCUAAUUCAAUUGGAAUUGAUCCAGCAACUUCAUUAAGGAUUUAUCGAAUCUCUUAUGUGAAGCACCAACCAGUUGAACUUAAUUUUGAAAAAUCCUUAAACAUUACAAUUAAUCGUAACCUUGAUGAUACUAGUAAAACUGAAGUCUUAAAUGAUUUUAUAAAAUUCGAAAAUGCCGUCGCCGUCGAUCAAUCAACUAACGCUAAACGUCGACGUAGUUGUACAAAAUCUAAACAACAAAUUCAAUUCUAUGAAGAAUUAAAUAAACAUAAUACUUUGAUUAUGGAAAAUGGUUUAUCAAUUCCUGGUUCAGUUCAACGUUUACCUAAUUGGAUACAUCCAUCUUUAGCACGUGAUGUUUAUCGUAGAUGGUAUCGUGUUACUGAACAAGUUAAUUCUACUCCUAGUUCUAUUGUUAAUUCUUCAACUAUUUUAUCUAAUGAUCAAGAGUCUGAAGAAUCUGCGAAAGGAAAAAAGAGGCGGUUAUCAGAAAGAAAUUCAAGAACUGUUGAUGUUAAUAAUAAUAAUAAUAAUAAUAAUACUACUACCGUUGCAAAUAAAACAACCACACCAAAUAAUAGGAAACGUAAACAUGAUAAUGAUAAUAGUGAUAGUACUACUACUACUACUAUUACUACUACUACUGCUACUAAUAGUAAUCAUGUUAAAGGGAAUGUACCAUUUGGAGAUUUUCAAGAUAUUGAUAAUCAAAUUAUUUCAGAAUUUAUUAAAAAGGAUCAUUGUUUAAAUCCAUCACCUUAUGCAUCAUUUAAUGGUCCAACACGUCAAUUUUUAUCUUUACAAUUAAGUCGUACUGCCGUUGGAGGCUUACGUUUUUGUUCAAAGUACAGUUCUCGUCGAAAUAAAAAUGCUGUACGUACAAAUGAUGACGAUGAUGAUGAUGAUGGUGAUGAUGAUGACGAUACUGAGUCACAUUCAGCUGAUCAAAACGCAAAUGAUAUUCGUUCACCUUCAGUCAGUCAUUAUGAAUCAGAUGAUGAUGUAGAAAAUGGUGAUAAUAUCAGUCGAACUGUUGCAACUACAGACGAAGUUCCACAAGUGAAUGAUAAAUAUGUAGAUGAAUCUUUUAUGCCAACACGUAGAUCAACUAGAUUAAGUGAGUUGUCCAAGAACAGAACACCUGUAAAUUGUUCUAUUAACUCCAAUGGAACGUCUUCAUCGUUACCUGAAGAUCAAAAACAUGGAACUUCUAAAGAGGUGGUGAUAGAACAGUCUGAUCUGAAAUGUAACCAAACAUUUUCCGAUAAACAAUUGACUCAUUCUGAUCAAUUAUGUGAUAAAAUUUCAAAUGAAGAUAAUUGUGAUGAGAAUAUAAUAAAAGUUGAAGAAAAUCUUAUAACUGAGCCAUCUUCUGAAUUAUUCACUUUAAUUGCAAAAGAUUCACAAGAAUUAAAUCAAUUAUUAAUAAUUCUACGACAAAUCUUAUCUAUUAAUGAAGAGAAAUUAAAUAAGAAACAAUCUAUUGAUGAAUUAGAUUUGAAUUCUGAUUGUGACAAUCCAAUAGAAGAAGAAGCUGAUGAUGAUGGCAAUAUCAACAACAAAGAAUCUGUCACUAACAAAAAACGAACAUUAGCGGAACAAAAUGAGAAUACUAAAAAUCAGCAAACUAUACGAUUACGUAAUGCAAUUGGAUCAUUAAAAAGUCUUAUUGCAAAUUUAGAAGAAUUAUAUAAAUCUGUAUUGAAUCGUGAAAAUGAACGUGUUGAUGCUCAACGAUUAGCACGAUUACGAUUACGUAAAGACGUUGAACAAUGGGAAGCAAAUGAGGCUGAAAAAAGUAGAAAACAAUUAAAAAUGAGUCAAACUAAUAAACUGAAUAAUCAAGAAUCUCGUUUAAAUCUUUUGGCAUCACUUCAAACUGACCUAUCAAAAGAUCGUGCUGAACGACAUUCAAGACGUGAACAACUACGUGCACAAGAUUUAACUAAUGAUGAAGCAUAUGAAAGUGAAUCUAAUGAUAGUGAAUCUAAUGAACAAAAUAUGAGAAGACAAUCCAAUAAUUCACCUAAAUCAAUUACAGUUACAAUGAGUACUGAUACUAAAACUAGUAGUAUGAAAAAUAUUAAUCAAAAUAGUUAUCAAGCAUUUGCAUCACGUAUUAGUGCUAGUGGAUCGCCGAAAAUACCUAUAUCACGUUUUAAUAGUGAAGAUUUAAUACCGAAAAUUCGUCGAUCUUUCAUGUUUGAUUCAAGUAAGAAUGUCUCAAUUUUGCCUAGACCAUCAGGAGGAACACCAGUGAAACCAACUAGUCCUACAAGUUUAAAUAAUAAUAAUCAUAAUACUAGGAGUGGGAUAAAUCAUUCAUUUCCGCGUGUAUCACAUUCAACAUUCCGAUCAAACACACCUCGCUCUCCUGCAAUUCUACGUACUAGUCUUCCUAAAACAUCAUCAUCAUCGGGUACAAAUCAUCCAAAUGGGGUAUCCGCCCUUAAUCCAACUACUUCUCCACUAUCGAAUAAGAGCAAUAUAUCCUCAAAUGUUUUAUUAUCACCGAAAUCACCAACAUCAAUCAUGGCAACCAAUACUUCGAGUACUUCUCCUCCUACUUCUAUUACUAAUACUAAUACUAUUACUACUCCUACUAGUACGUCAUCAAAUAAGACAUCUACCCCUGUCCGAAAAAUCUAUCGUGUAUGUAACACUUUGUUUACUGAAGAUGCAAAACCUGUAAAAAUUGGUCCUAAUGGUUCGUUAAUUCUUAUACCACCAGAUAGUAUACCAUUAAAUCAACGUCAAUUAGCACGUCAAAUGAUAUCACGUUAUCAUCAACAUGUGAAUGCAAUUUCUAUAAAACCUAAUUCAAACAUUCAUUCUCCAACAAGUUCAUUGUCAUCAACAUCAUCAUCAUCAUCAUCAUCUACAUUAUCUGUUCCUUCGAAUACUUCAUCUCUUGCUAAUACAACAACUUCUACCACAACAGUGACAUCCAAUCUAUCAUGAUUGUUGAAUAGUUCUGUUUUAAUUAUAAAUAUUUAUUUUAAUACUUGAAUUUUGUACACAUUGAUCAAGUAAAUAUCACAUAUUUACAGCUGUUACCUUCAUAGUGGAGCAUACGUCAUCCACCACGUACUCUCCAUCUUCAUUCUAUCUUAGGUAUAUUUAUACAUAUGAAUAUCUAUCAUAAUUACUAUCUAGUCAUGAUCAUCAUUAUUAUCAUUGUUACAUCAUGGUAAUCUUGUUAAAUAUAAUCCCAAUAAUUGUAUUUACUCAUCUUUUCAUUGUUUAAAUAUUUCAUUCUUACUCAAUUCAUUUCUAUCUCUAUAUCUAUGAAUGUAAUGUUUAUUGUGAAUUAAUCUUUUAUAAUGAAACAAAAAAAAAAGAAGAAAAUCAUGUUUAUUUUCUCUCUCUCUCUCUCUCUCUAUUUUCUUCUUUUUUUUCUUCUUACAGCUAGCUGUUUAUUGGCUUUUUUCUUUUUUUCUUUUUUCUUUUCUUAAAAUGUAUUUCUCUGAUUGGUCAAUUCUUUUGUAAACGAUUAUUCUUCUUUGUCAUAAGAUAAAUACCCUCCCCCCUCCAUACACACACACACACACCCACAUAAAUAAAUAAAUAAAGUUUACUCUCAAUUAUUUUUUUUUUAUUGUUUAUGAUUGUUUUACCGGUUCAUUUUGAUGUUUAUCCCAAUUAUGUUACCUUAUCCUGUUUUCGUUUUUGUUUUGUUUUGAUAGAUUGAUUGUUUAUAUAUAUAUCUCUAUCAUCACUAAUGAAUAUUGUAUGCAUUUAUAUUUAGAGUUAAGUUGAAUGGAGUUUGUUUUGUAUAUAUAAGAAAAAAAAAAGAGAGAGGGGGGAAGGAGAGAGAAAAAAAAGUAAAGUUCGUAUCCAUUUUUUUUGUAUUGUGUAAAAAGAAAAGAGUCGUUUUUCUUUCUUUUGUGUAUGUGUGUGUGUGUGUAUGUUUUGUCAUUUCAGUCUACCUUUGUUCUUCAAUUUAAAAAAAAUAAUAAUAAUUUGUAUAAUUGUAAGUUUGUUGUUAGAUGAAAUAUGUUAUUUUUAGUUGAUAAGUCAUUUGUUCUAUUCUUACAUUUGAUCUUGUAUAGUAUAUAUCAGUUAUCAUUAGAGUAGAGCGUUGAACAGAUAUGCAUUGAUCCAAGUUGCCAUAUCAUAUUAGUUUCGACCGUUGCUGCUACCUUGAUGUGGUGGUCAGGCUUGCCUAUUGUGAUGAACCAAUUGAGUUAUAUUGGCUGGAAUAAUCAUUCCUCAAGGUCUUACCAUGCCAGAUAGGUCGGUUGAAAAGCGGUAAGAAUAAAGACAGAAAACCCAAGGUCUGAGUGCAAAGUCGUACUGCUGACUGUACAGAGGUGUGACAGCAGUAAGGUGUUUCCUCCAGACAACAGCGAUGCUGCCUUCCCACAAGGAAGGGUGGGGUUAGAAAAAGUCGACCCUAACAAUACACACCUCGCCUUAUCCCAUGGAUAUCCGUCUCCGGUGGUACGGUCCCAACAAGGACGGAGCCAACACAAAAAUUGCCUUUAAAAAGGUCGUGUGUGAUCGAACUCAAGCAGUUGUCCCUUAGACACUGCGGUCACGUUUUCAGGUCAUUAAGACCAUUUCUAAUCCAAUUUUCUUUUCAGGUACCUUUACAAGAACCCUUCCACGGUGUGAGAAAACUGGAAGUGGUAAAUGCCCCCAUACCUAUAACAGCACUCAAGCUCACUGUAUUCAUAAUCAAUCUCCUUCAAUAUAUCAGUAUUUCUUGUUGCAAUCGAUAAAAGGAAUAGCAAAUGUGAUCGAAAGUAUGUAUUGGGAGCAAUUAUGGGGAUUAAUGAGCAUUGUGAAUAUGUUUCGAAAAAAACAACCUGAAAAUGUAACGACUGAAUUCAUCUUCACUAUUAGAAACGAUUCUGAACCAUGUUACCUAGUAUACUCUAAUCACUGAUUGUGGAUUUCGCUCGGACUGUAACCAGGUAAUCGUCAUCUAAGAAUAUGGCUUAAAUCAUCGGUCAGUUACGCCAUCCAGUUGUGAAUUGUUCUAAUCAGGACAGUCUUUUUUUUCUAACCUACUUCUACUCCAGCAAACUUAGCCUGUCGACGUUGACGAUAGUUAACCAAAUGUAAUAUACGUCUUAGUAACCUUGGUCAGUGAAAAUUUACAGCUUCAUCAACCAACUUUUUAUGUUUGUACACUAUCUUAUGCUUAAUCUCAACGUUAUUUGUUCAGUCGUUCUUGGAACACAUGCAACCGUUCGAAGACACCUAUGAUGAAAAUUUUGAUGCCUAUGCUCGCCUCCCACUCUCAGAGAUCAUAUUUCGCAGCCAUAAAGGAGAAAAGAGCCUAGUUCUGUGUAGCAUGUGCAGUCGCUUGAUUUAUCAUGUGCUAAACUCACCAAUCAGUGUUUUGACUAUAACUUUUCUUUUUUCGCAUCUACUAUUCAGCCUAUAGCCUGGCGUCCUAGAUUUCGCAAAUUACACUUUACGCCCUGUACGAUUAGCCUUGAACCAGCGUAACCUACACUUUUGUUAAUCACCUAUCCUCAAGUUUCUCCUCUCUUUCGUGCCUUGAGUCUGAUGAGAAGUUAGUUGGCAGCUUCUACCAUAUUUCGAUCACAGUUGAGUUUACAUACAAUCAUACUUGACCAUAUCGCACCGUAAAAUAAAAAAUCACAAUUAUGCACAAACAAGUCAAAGUGUCUAUGAUCAGAGCUGGUUGUAAAUAAUCAAUUGGGAAUAGUAAGCCGUUUAACAAUAGUUAAUUCUUUAAACGUAAGCUUGCAAUAAACGGAAUAUAGAGACAGGAGUCCAAUUGUUUAGUGACAAUGCAAAAAGAAUAUGUAUAGUAAUAAUCUAUAAAAUAAUUCCAUUAGCUACCAUAGCUUCAAUCUUUGUUCCGUUACAUCAGUAUGCACUGCUCUUAGUUGUCAGAUAGAUAUCUCACCUACACGACAAUUGACAGGGAUUAACGAAGGCCAACUCUCUUUUUUGAAUCUGUUCUGAGAUAUUGUCAAGGUUAGGGCUGGUAAGACUUCCAGGAUAAGUAAAAGGGUCUUAAUACUCAACUAUUUCACUCUUAAUCAUUGGUACAAACCAGUCCUUAAGCAACAAUGUACAGCUAGAAGGUAAGAAGCGCAUCUUACUCAUGCUUGGAUUGUUGCUUAAGGCAAACAGAAGAUUUACCAUUCCUCAAAAUCUUUACUAAAAAAGCAUUAUUAUCUGCCUAUCCCAAAUCGAGAAGUGAGAUUUCUGGUGUAUGAUCAAUCCCUAAAAAAUUAGGUGAAGAGUGUUAUUUAUAGUAGGAUGUCUGUGACAAUUCAUUGGAAAGAAGGAUAUUUAACUGCACUGACGAGCUCCGUUUUUGGGUGAUAGUUCUAAUAACAGUUCAUCAUAACCUGUGAAUCGAAUGGUAGUGUUCGAGUAACAAAUUUGUACAAAGCUUACUUUAUUACUUUUUCCGUUAACGGUCAUUACCAUAAAACCUGACGGUCAAUAGAGUUCAAUAUUGCUUUAAAGUCAAGAAAUACAACUAUAGUCGGGUUUCGGUGGGUAUUCCUGUGUUCCAUAAAGUGAAGAAGAGUGACAAUAAGUUUUGUUAGGGAACACAUGCAAGUCUGAAGUCAGCCAGAUUCCUCCGGCUUCACUGUUAUUGAACAGCUGAUAAGCGUCAAAUGAUUAUGGAGGCUAGCACUUCAGAUACCAUACUCAUCAAAGUGAUUCCCGUCUGGUUAUCACAAGGGGAUUUUAAUCCUUUCUUGUAAUUGUGAACUAUCGAGACCAUACAGAUGGGUUAACAUUUAACCCCUCAACUCUAGGUAUUAUUUCAGCUUAGCUAUUAAAACUGGACCACGAGUUAAUCUAUCGAUUCCUUCUGUCAUUUCUUUGUUCAAAUUAGACAUCAUAAUCUACAUUAAUGAAAUAUUAUUUUAAUCCCCGGAUCGAUCCGUUUUAUCAAUGGGAUUUGAUAUAUGAGUGAUAGAAAACAGUUGUUCCAUAAAUCAAGUUAUUUUAGUGGCUUUAAUUGAUUUUUUGAUUCGCAAACAAAAUUUUCUAGAGGAUCAUUACAUGUCAGAAAACAUAAAAGUUGUUUCUUUGUAGCCUUACACUUCUCAGUAAUUUUCAUUUACGAUUUCACAAAAGGAUAGAAGGUAGGAACUGAAAUUUAUCACGGCGAGUAUAGUAUUUUGGCAAUAUCAAAUCAGAAUUGAAUGAUCUAUACUUUCAAUCAGUUUGUUAUGCAUUACAUUUAUCAUCUACUAUCAUAGUUGAAUUACUACACAGAAUUUGGUUUCCUACGUUAAAUUUCGAAAAUCAAUCUACAGGUUUAUCCGUUACUCGUAAUUAACACUAUUCUAAGUUUUCCCUAGUGGUCUAGCUUCAAUUGACUCACGUUUUUAACUAUGAAAAUACUAAAUCUCCACAAAAACCCCUUCUGAUACUUAUUUGUUAUAAGCUGCGAGUGUGCUUCGUAUCGUUAUAAUCCUUCUUCCUGUAGAGUUGAAGAUAACUUGUAGGAUUAUGUCAAUAAAUGUACCAUUGACAAUCCAAUUGUUUACAAGUAGUGACAAGGUUAUAAUUAUCUUGCCUUUCUGCGGCUCUUUAGAUUAACUGUUGUCAAGAUUCAGUCACAAUAUUUCAUAGUUAUUUGACAUCAAUUAUAUACAUCGGCUGAUAUGAACUCCUGAAUGAUAUGUACUACGUUUAGCAGCUAAUAUUCUAUAGGAAUUAUGGGUCAUUGUAAAACUUCCUUUCAAAGUUUUGGAUUCACUUUUAACUUUAUAUAUUUGUUAUUUUUAUUGACUAACUUCCAUAAGAAAACGACAAUCACAAUGGCGCUUUUGAAUGCCAAUGCUGAGUUUCAACUAUUAUAAAGCUUUUGUUUUAAUCUUAAGCACUGUCCAUUAAAAUUCUGUCAUAGAGCUUAUUCUUAUUAAGUAGGUAUCCUUACCAAGGUUUGACUUGACAAUAAGAAAGGUAUCUUGUGGAGAUCGUAGUAAUUUAAUAGUUGGGUUUAUGAGUCGAUUAAAGCUAGACGACCAUGGAAAACCUGGAAGCACUGGACGGCCAUUUCGUUUUAGUAUGGGAUUCCUCAGCAGUGCGCAUCCCAUAUUAGGACGAAACAGCUGUUAAGUACUUCCAGGUUUCCCAUGGUAGUCUAGUUUUAAUUGACUCAUGAAUUCAACUUUUAACUUUCAAAUAAAUUGAGUAGAGAGAGCAAAAGUAAAUAUUCAACACUUAAACUUAAUUAUUUGAGUAGGAGAACAUUGAUUUCAAAGCAAUAGUACUAAUAAGAUCCAGGAUUGUUUAAGAACGAAUGAAAUAAAAAUAUGACCUGGUCACUGGUUGUCAAUGAAAUUAAGUUUACCGAUAUCGCUCGAUUGAUUUAUCAACGUUUCGAGGUUAAUCUUUUAAACGUACCAUCCUUUUAUUAAAAUUGAAUGCUCUUACACUAUCCCAACCUUUACAUAAUCAUGGAUAUAGAUAAUGUCCUGACGAGAAUUAUGAAUGGUAACUAUUGGGAUCUAUUCAUGAUCUAAUGCUAUACAUAUAUUUUUUCAUUGUAUAAUUGCUAAGCAACUAAACUAUGCAUAUUCAUAUGCCUCUUAUUAUAGGCUUUAUUUUGAUCCAUAGACUAUUAUAAUACGAUUUAACAUUCUUGAAUUAUGCCCAGUCUAUUCAUUACAGUCUCCAAAAUUCAAAGUCAUUUUUGGCUAGAACUUGUACACAUGUUAUUUCCUAUUGUGUAGUGUGAUGUGGUCUGUUUAACUUGUAUAUAAACCCAGUUUGUUUGAAAUACAUUAUUCAUCUCAUGGAGGUUGAGACUGAUGUUCUGGACUCAACUGGUAGGGUUAUACAGGAAAUAGGACCGAUAAGGACUGUAGAUUGCUCGUACGGUUUUUUACACGUGAUUGAUCUUGUUGAUAAAUCACUGUUCUCUAUUUGGCACAAUGCCGACAAGAUAUAAUAAUAAUGAGUUAUUUACUUCAUUAAUCAACCAAAACAUAUUUUUAAUUGGUAAGCAGAGAUGGAUAGUGGUAAGCAGUGGAAUCCAGGACGCGCGUUUCGUCCUUUUUGGGACUCGUCAGCUAGAUGUACCUGC